UCAUGAUUAAAAAAGCCCGCGACGCCGAGGCACGAGACCAACGGCUCUGUUAUUCUUUGGCACAUGCCGUGUGCGCACACUGCCAAAGCUCCGGACAAACGGCACGCAGCGGUAGCCGCUACGGAACAGAGAGGCCAAUACCCUACACUGCCACAGUGCCACUGUUGCUCGCGGGGAAAAACCAUAAUAAACUAACUAAAGAACUGAACCUUGGGAUCGAAUCGUGCAGUUUGUUCGGAUCAAUCUCGAUCUACUCCAUGCCCUGUUUGCGGCUGCUGCUUCAGCUUCAAGCAGGGCUGCAGGACUCUGCUCGAUCCACCUGUUCGUGAUCGCACACUCGCGCAGAUGAGCUCCCUCGCAAGUAAGUACUACUUACUGUACUUUUCUCACCCGUCCCCAUGCAUGUUGCUGCAUAGCUACAUCAGCAUUGCUACAUUGCUACUGCAAGAGCUGGGAAAUCUCACUGCGACGCAACGCUCUGUGAUUUACGCCUCAGGUUCCUGGGCGACGAUGAUGAACUUGUGUGGGAGCCCGGCUUGUUGCGGCCAGGGCGUCCUCAGACAAGUAUUCGACGGCUCCACCUGCACCAACCACCUGGUGGAAACCGGCAUCGUCGCGCCGCUCGCGCUCACGCUCCUGCUCCAGUUCCUCGUCAGACUCCCCGAGAGCAGAGCGUCCUCCGCACGCCGGCGGCUUCUCAGGCCCAGCUCACCGCUGCAUCUUGCCACCGUGCUCUUCAAUGGCUGCUUGGGGUUGUUCCAUCUCGUCCUGGGACUGUGGAUGCUGCUGGGGAGCAACUUCAGCAGUCAGGACGCCUCUAGGACUUACCUGCCGCACUGGUGGCUCGUGACACUGUCCCAGGGGUUCAGCUUGGUCCUCGCCGGCUUUGCUUUCGCCGCCGGGACCCAGUUUCUCGGGCCGGCAUUCGCUCGACUAUGGUCGGUGUCGCUGACCGUCUACGCGGCGUUCGUCUGCCGUUCCUCGGCUGUCACCAUUAUCGCGGAGAAGGCGGUCACCGUCAAGGCCUGUUUGGACCUCCUGUCCCUGCCAGGCGCAGUUAUGUUUCUCAUCUACAGCAUGCAGAGCAGCCAUGACGAAGAGGGACAUGAAGAUGAAGGAUUAUACAAGCCACUGAAGACGGAUGAUACAGCUGACAGUCAAGAGGUAGCUGCUGAUUCUUCAGAGAGCACCCACCAGAAGGUGACUCCCUUUGCCAGAGCUGGCAUUUUGAGCCAGAUGACAUUCUGGUGGCUGAACCCUCUGAUGAAGACGGGCUACCAGAAGCCCCUCGACGACAAAGACAUGCCGCUGUUAGGCGCCGCAGACCGGGCACAGAGCCAGUACUCAAUGUUCUUGGAGAAGCUGAACAAGAACAAAAACAAGCAGACGUCACAUGAUGCCACACCACCAUCAAUCCUGUGGGCUAUUGUUUCUCAACACAAGUGUGGGAUCAUGGUCUCAGGUCUCUUCGCCCUGCUCAAGGUGCUCACCUUGUCCACAGGCCCGCUGCUUCUGAGGGCAUUCAUCAACCUGUCAACCGGGAAAGUGACCUCCGAUUCCAAGCAUGAAGGCUAUAUGCUGGCUGCGCUCAUGUUCAUCUGCAAAUUGUGCGAGUCGCUGUCGCAGAGGCAGUGGUACUUCCGCACCCGGAGGCUGGGGCUCCAGGUGAGGUCGCUCCUCUCGGCGGCCAUCUACAGGAAGCAGCAGAAGCUAUCAAGCUCGGCGAAGAUGGCGCACUCCUCGGGACAGAUCAUGAACUACCUCACCGUGGACGCGUACCGGGUCGGGGAGUUCCCGUACUGGUUCCACCAGACAUGGACGACGGUCGUCCAGCUCUGCAUCGCUCUGGUGAUCCUUUACAGCGCGGUCGGCGCCGCCAUGGUCUCGUCCUUGGUCGUCGUCGUCAUCACCGUGCUCUGCAACGCUCCGCUGGCCAAGCUGCAGCACAGGUUCCAGAGCAAGCUGAUGGAGGCGACCGACGCGAGGCUGAAGGCCAUGUCAGAGUCACUGGUCCACAUGAAGGUGUUGAAGCUCUACGCGUGGGAAGGUCACUUCAAGAAGGCCAUUGAGGAGCUGAGGGAGGUCGAGUACAGGUGGCUGUCGGCGUUCCAGCUGAGCAGGGCGUACAACAGCGUCCUCUUCUGGUCGUCGCCUGUCUGGGUCUCGGCGGUGACAUUUCUGACAUGCUACUUUCUGGAGAUCCCUCUUGAUGCCAGCAACGUCUUCACCUUCAUUGCAACCCUGCGUCUGGUGCAGGACCCGAUUCGGGCGAUACCAGAGGUUCUUGGCGUCGUGGUGCAGGCUAAGGUGGCUUUCACUCGGAUAGAGAAGUUUCUAGGUGCACCUGAGCUGAAUGGACGAGCUAAGGAGAAAUGCUCCUCCGUGGCCAUCAGUUACCCGGUAGCGAUGAACUCGUGUGGCUUCUCGUGGUGCGAAGAUCCAUUGAAGCCUAAUCUGAAGGACAUAAGUUUGGUGGUAAAAGCCGGGGAGAAGGUUGCCAUUUGCGGAGAGGUUGGGUCAGGAAAGUCGACGCUUUUGGCUGCGAUGCUCGGAGAGGUCCCGAGAACUCAAGGCACGAUUCAAGUCUGCGGAAAAAUAGCAUAUGUGUCACAGAACGCAUGGAUCCAAACCGGAACCGUGCAGGAGAACAUCCUCUUCGGGUCUCGUAUGGACAGCCAAAGGUACCAGGAAACACUCGCGAGGUGCUCGCUGGUGAAGGACCUUGAGAUGUUGCCGUACGGAGACGAUACUGAAAUCGGGGAGAGGGGAGUGAAUCUGAGUGGCGGUCAGAAGCAGCGCCUUCAGCUUGCUCGUGCGUUGUACCAAGACGCAGACAUAUAUCUCCUCGACGACCCUUUCAGCGCCGUCGAUGCCCAUACAGCAACCAGCCUCUUCAAUGAAUAUGUCAUGGGCGCCCUUUCAGACAAGACUGUUCUUUUGGUCACCCACCAAGUCGAUUUUCUACCCGUCUUCGACUCCAUUUUGCUGAUGUCAGAUGGGGAGGUUAUUCGGUCGGCACCUUAUCGAGAUCUAUUCGCGGACUGUCAAGAAUUCAAAGACCUUGUAAAUGCCCAUAAGGAUACCAUUGAGAUUUCAGAUGUUGAUAACAAUGUUGCUCCUCACAGAGCAAACGGAACAUCAACAAAGGAGAAGCAUCAUAUCAAUGGAAGUGGAUACACGAAGUCUGAGAAGCCAUCACCAGCACACCAACUGAUCAAGGAAGAGGAAAGAGAGACAGGAGACACUGGACUUAAGCCCUACAUGAUUUACCUACGCCAGAACAGAGGCUUCAUGUAUGCCUCUCUGUGUGUCAUUUCUCACAUGAUCUUCAUAGUGGGGCAAAUAGCGCAGAACUCUUGGAUGGCGGCGAAUGUCCAAGAUCCGCGUGUCAGUACACUGAGGCUAAUCACGGUGUACAUUGUUAUCGGACUUUGCACGGUGUUGUUUUUGCUAUCAAGAUGUCUAUCGGUUGUUGUUCUCGGGGUCCAGACAUCGAGAUCCUUGUUUUCCCAGUUACUUGACUCGUUGUUCCGUGCACCGAUGUCCUUUUAUGAUUCUACUCCUCUAGGAAGGGUCCUUAGCCGGGUCUCUUCCGAUUUGAGUACUGUCGACCUUGAUGUCCCAUUCGCGUUCAUGUUUAGCCUUAGUGCCAGCUUGAAUGGAUACAGCAAUCUGGGGGUAUUGGCUGUUGUUACAUGGCAAGUUCUAUUUGUGUCCGUGCCAAUGAUAGUUUUGUCAGUUAGGCUACAGAGGUAUUACUUAGCCUCUGCUAAGGAACUUAUGCGGAUCAAUGGCACUACCAAGUCUGCUCUAGCAAAUCACCUAGGCGAAUCAAUUUCAGGGGCUAUAACCAUAAGGGCCUUCGAGGAAGAAGAUCGUUUCUUUGAUAAAAAUUCUGAUCUUGUUGACAAGAAUGCUAUCCCAUACUUCUACAACUUUGCAGCAACGGAAUGGCUGAUUCAGCGCCUUGAAAUAAUGAGUGCUGCAGUCCUUUCUUUUUCUGCAUUUCUCAUAGUUCUUCUUCCUCCAGGAACUUUUAGCCCUGGUUUUGUGGGAAUGGCAUUGUCGUAUGGUCUUUCCAUAAAUAUGUCUUUUGUUUCCUCUAUUAGAAAGCAAUGCACCUUUGCGAAUCAAAUAAUAUCCGUGGAACGGGUGAACCAGUACAUGGACAUAAAAAGUGAAGCAGCAGAAGUCAUCGAAGAAAACCGGCCGGCACCGGAUUGGCCUCAAAUUGGUAGUGUGGAGAUUAGAGAUUUGAAGAUUAGGUACAGAAAGGAUGCUCCCCUUGUACUGCAUGGAAUCAGUUGCAAGUUUGAAGGUGGAGAUAAAAUUGGUAUAGUUGGUCGAACAGGAAGUGGGAAGACAACCUUAAUUGGCGCAUUGUUUCGCCUUGUUGAACCAUCUGGAGGGAAAAUAAUUAUUGACUCUUUGGACAUCACUUCUAUCGGCUUACAUGACCUGCGUUCACGUUUGGGCAUCAUCCCACAAGACCCGACACUUUUUCAGGGCACUGUAAGAUAUAAUCUAGAUCCACUCGGGCAAUUCUCAGACCAACAAAUAUGGGAGGUUCUGGAUAAAUGUCAACUUUUCGAAGCUGUCCAGGAGAAAGAACAGGGGUUGGAUUCACUUGGUAGGAAAUUCCAUCUGCAUAUGCACUUUAGUUUCUGGAGUUCAUUUUUUCUGUUCCUAAGAAACUGCGAAAACAUUGCGGAAGACGGAUCGAACUGGAGCAUGGGCCAGAGGCAGCUCUUCUGCUUGGGACGCGCACUUUUGAGAAGGUGUCACAUCUUAGUUCUUGAUGAAGCCACGGCCUCUAUAGACAAUGGAACAGAUGUUGUCCUUCAGAAGACUAUUCGAACAGAAUUCACACAUUGCACCGUUAUUAUGGUCGCGCACCGUAUACCGACAGUUAUGGACUGCAAUAUGGUACUUGCAAUGAGCGAUGGGAAAAUAAUGGAGUAUGACAAACCUACAAACCUAAUGGAAACCGAAGGAUCCUUCUUCCGCGAGCUGGUCAGGGAGUACUGGUCAUACACAUCAAACAGAAAUAUAUAGAUCAUUUUUUUUAUUCACAAAAUUACUGUAGCAAGGCAAUAAUAAGAAAGCCAACAGAAUUUGACAGGAAUUCAUGUACGUAGAAAACAGAGGAAUCCAAGCAAUGAUGUAUUGAGGCAACAUACUUCUAGUGCUAAAUAUAUGCGACCUUACACUGA